AAUUCAAAUGACACAAAAAGAAAAAAGCACUGACAAAUCAAACUCAGGCGGCGAUGUUGGCUUAGAAUGAUCACCUCAGUAAAAUGCUGCCCUUUUAUACUUGAGUCUCCUUGACAGCUGUCAAUAAGCUGGAACUGUGAAAACAAUAAUUUGCUGCUAUUCUUAGAACUGCAGCAAAUAACAAUAUUAACUUUACCGAUGUGUGCAUACUAAGUAGAGAAAUACUACAUGCAUUUAACCCAAAAAUAUUCAUUAAGGUUUCUCUAUCUACAGGGCCAUGAUGAACAUGUGACUAAACUCAGACAAGACUUUGAAAGACAAGUUAAAGGUUUGCAAACAUUGGAUAUUGAGAAUUUUUAAAAUUAAAUUGUUUGAUUCUUAUGACAGUACUUUUGUUUACAGAAAUUGAAUCUAAGUAUGACAAGAAAAUGAAGUCACUAAGGGAAGAACUAGAGCUGAGAAGAAAGACUGAAAUUCAUGAAAUUGAAGAGGUUUGCCUUUUACAUGACUUUUGACAUAAAAUGUACCCUUUCCCAAAACAUCUAUCAACUUCCCAUGCCAAUUUAUUAUUAGUGUUCUAAAAUGUACCAAAAAAGUGUAAAUUAUGUAAGGUACCAUGCAAAAAUGAAAAUGGUGAGAGGAUUUAGUUUAUUAGGCCAGAGUUUAAGUUAAUCACUUAUUUCCCUCUAAAAAUGUGACAGAUUUUGCUCACCCAUAGGAAAACCUGUAGCAAACACACACUCCCCUGCCCAAUUCACACUCACACCCAGAGUAUACCACCUGUUCCAGGGUAUUGAACAGGACUUAAGUUAUUGCACACUCAUCUGGUAAUAAUUCAUUUACAUGUAGUGUUCAUUUCUUGGGCCCAAGGUUGUGUUAGAAAUGUAAUAUUUCAUUCAUCAAAGCUGAUAUGUUAGUUUGUUGUUCUUGUCCUUAGCGCAAGAAUGGUCAAAUCAACACCCUCAUGAAGAAUCAUGAGAAGGCCUUCAGUGACAUCAAGAAUUAUUAUAAUGACAUCACACUUAACAAUCUAGCGCUCAUCAAUUCUCUCAAGGUAAUAAAUUGACUGCUGACUUAUCACGAAGUACAUACAUGUACAGGUUUCCCCAACAGUGUUUGGAUAAAAACACAUGUCCACAUGUCUUUUCAGUGGAACUCUGUAAAAUAAAGUGACCAACGUACAUGUAAUUAGCAUGCCAUGCAAAAUGUGGUCUUACAAUGGUAUCAUCUGGUUGUUCAUUAUUAGCCUGCGAGCAAGCUCUCCUAUUUGGGCAAGCAAAGUGAGCCUCUUGCGGCUUCACUGCUCACUCGUGCGUUCUCGCGAGACUCACUUCACUCGCCCAAAUAGGAGAGCUUGCUCGCAGGCUAGUUCAUUAUUACCAGGAAGCGCCACUUUGCAAUUAUUAUUAUACCCCUUUUCCAAACUUUCUAAGAUAACUGUAAAUGUUAAAAUUUUUGGAUAGCGCUAUCCACCGGAUAAAUCACUAUCAGGCCGACAAGUAUUAGGGAAAGCAAUUAGGCUAUCCAUGGGAUAGAGAUUUAUCCAGUGGAUAGCAUUAUCCACCUUUUGAACAACUCAGCCCAGGUAUCACAGUGUCAUUUGAAGGCUUGGCUAUCCACCUGUAAUGACUUUCAACAAAGAGCAUUACUUGCUGUUUGUUUACCUGUAAAUCUAGUCUCAUUAAAUGUUCUAAUGGUCUUCAAGACAUGAAUAACAUGCAAAAGUUCUGCCAGUGAGGUGUCACAUGAAUGGUAACACCUCAGUAUUUCAUCCACUAACACCAUAGGAUUUUGACAACAGAUUCAAAAGUUAGGGCAACCUCGUUCCCAGGUUCUCUCUCCUGGGAACGAGGUUGAAGUAAGAGUUGACUAAACAGUCUUGCAAUAACUUGGCCGACUGGGGGUGAAGAGGUUAAACUCAUGUCGGAUGUGAAUGUGAGGCUGUUCUUGAUGUUUGACAGGAACAAGUAGAGGAGAUGAAAAAGAAAGAAGAGCGUAUGGAGAAACAAAUGAAUGAAAUCAUGGCGGAGAAUAAGAGAUUAACAGAACCACUACAGAAAGCCAGAGAGGAAGUAGAAGAGCUCCGAAAACAGGUUAGAAUGAUUGAAGUUCAUUCCAAACAAUAAAAUACGAACUGUUCUGAAAAAUACUGACGAAGGGUCCGGUCAAUUUCUUCUCAGCAGCUUCGCUCGUAGGGCAGACGAUUUCACUAUCCAUUUUUAAGACUAAAAGAAGGAAUAUCUGCCUGUUUACACUGCACUAAACUCAUGCUGAAAAGUACUGUUCUCGCAGAAGAUGUCGAUUGAAUAGCUACACUUAUGGAUUUCAUCGGUUCACCUUGUGCAACACAGUGAACUUUACUUGCCUAGUCCCUGUACGGCGUCUUUCCAGGCCCUCUCGGUCAAUGCAUUUCGGUGACGUAUCCGAGACGAACGGCCGGGAGACUUUCUCGGACCACGUGACCCGAAACGCAUUGGCCGCCCAUAAUAAUGAGGCCUAGGGACUAGGCAAAAACUUUACCACUGUCGAAUGCUGUUCAGUAAUUUCAUUUGACUGUUUUUUCUUUGUUUUCAUUUUAAGCUUGCGAACUACGAAAAAGACAAAGCGUCACUGGCUGUAAGUACACGUUUUUGCCGCCGUUGAUUUACCCAAGCGUAUUUACUCACUAUUUCAUAGUUUUUGGUGUUACUUUGUUUUGAUAAAAUUUUUGUUUGGUGAAUCCGUAGAGCGCCAAAGCACGGCUCAAAGUCCAGGAAGAAGAGCUUAGAAGUUUACAUUGGGAACACGAGGUUCUUCAACAACGCUUCUCUCAGGUAAGAAAAGACUAACGGAUCACUUAUUCAGGGGCCCGAGCUGAAUGAGCCCGCGUGGUUGUUAUAGAGCUUUUUCACAUGACGUCACGGCGGCCAUAUUGGUGUUCUAAAACAAUUAAACGGCGGCCAUGUUAGUGUUCCAAACCAGUCCUGUGGGAGUUGAACUCUUUUCUUAUACAAAAACUCUCCUUUGUUCCGAGCAGUUAGCAUAGAUGCUGGCCACGUGAGUGAAAACGCUCUAUUGGAUAGCUCAGAGGGUGCCAAAAAGUCCUGCGCUCUCGCUCACUUGUAUUAGAGACGCCAUUUGCACGUCAAAUUUAGUUGAACUGUAGCACAAUCAGUUUGAGUAAAAUUUCGCUAAAUUCAACGCCCGGGAAAAUGACUAUUAUAACAAUAUAAAGGUACAGGUGUUGAAUAUAAAUCUGUGUUAGCAACUGGUUGUUUCGUUUUACAGUAUGUGGUCACAUUUAUUAAUGAUCAGGCUGGUAUUUCCUUUCCUUUGAUGUUUUUAGACUCAAAACGAACGCGAUGAAUUGUACGGCAAGUUUGUCAAGGCCAUCCAUGAAGUACAACAGAAGAGCAACUUUAAGAACUUGCUGUUGGAAAAGAAACUUGCCGCUCUGGCUGAUACGCUGGAAAAGAAGGUACGAGUCAUCCUUAGAAACUUUCAUGAAAAAAAGACGAAUCUAUUAUUAGUGACCUUACGAAACUACGAAGGCGAUGGCCAAAAAAGCAAUAGGUUUAAUGGGCAAAACAACACCUCUGCGCGUGCAUCACGCUUUUUGGUAAAUUUCUUUACCGUCCCUGCACAACUACGAUGUGUAAUGAGCAAGUUCUAAGUUUACUUGAGAACGUAAACGGCAUGGCGAUAAAUUCUAUUUUCUCUGUCUGAUCUCAGCGGGCGCGGUCCCUUCUCUUCAGCUCAAACCUAAAUUUCCUUUUUUAAGUAACAGAACAACUUGGCAUAAUCAAGUAAAAAAGUAAAAGGAUGCGAAGUCUAUUUUCAGCGACGUUUUCGUGGAGGUUGCCGUUGUCGAAUAGUAACGUCCCAACUAUCCGUGCAAUCAAGCUUAGCUCAAGCUUCCGCUGCUCUCUCGAAGAGUCUUUUAGGAGCACAGGCUCAUUCCGCGAAGAGCGGCUGAUAAUCGAGUGUACAGCAAGUCUUGAAGCUGAAAUAUUGAUCCCUGAUUUGAAAUAUUGAUCCCCCAAUGUUGGUUUUAACAGCUCAUCCUUGAAACUGUUCAAUAACUCCUCUAGGAAGCGUCUCUUUUACCGAAGUUUAAUCUGCGUUUCGCAAGAAAGCCUUUAGCUUACGUGGCAGCCUUCCCCUAUAUUAUAUAAACAGGCGCAAAAGUGUUAGCGAGUCCAGAGCAAACAAAACAUGAAAAGGGGUUGGGCAGUUGGCAGCAAAACAAGUUGAAAUUACGGUUAACUUAUUCACUUUCGGAAAUAGGUCAUUCAGGUGUUUCAGAGACUUGUUUCAGUCUGUGCAUUUUUUGGCAAUCUAGUUUCAGAUUAAUGGUACGUAUUAGUCCAGUGCCAAUACGAACGUGUGGCCCAUGCCAGGUACAGAAGGGACUUAACUCUUUUUUGGAUUUCUAUGCAUCUGACCAUCUUAAAGAGCGAUUUUAAAAAUUUUGUGAUAAAUAAAAGACUCUGUAUGGAAAAGUGUUCGUUGUCCAAGAGCCUCAGGAUCACCGUUCUGCUUAAAAGUUACAUGUACGUUGAUGGUCGUCUUUUAUUAUUAUUAUUAUUUUUAUUAUUAUUAUUUUUAAUUCCAUUACCAAAUGUUUUAUCUGUGUUGUUUCAUGGACAGGAAGCACAGCUUAAUGAAGUUCUCUCGGCAUCCAAUCUGGAUCCUACCGCCCUUACAGUGGUCACGAGAAAACUCGAGGUAAUUUCCUUAUUAUUACUGGCAAACUAACUGUCUUGUUUGUCGCUCUGUAACUUGUUCGAGAGGUCCAUAGAGUAAUGAGCAGCGAGUUAAAGAAUGCGAUUCGAACGAAUUUUGAUCAAGGCGUGGAUGUCUUGGGCGGACACUCUAGAGUUCAAUAUCCAUGUAACGGAAACUGCAUAUAUAAUAAAGCAAUUAGUGGUAUUUUUCUAUUGACAACCUUAACGGCAACGAUAUAUCCGAGGGUUUCUAGUCAUACAGUGGAACCUCGAUAUAACGAAGGGCCAAGUGACUGGCAAAAUAUGUUUGCUAUAGCAAGGUUUCGUUAUACCAAGGUUCUUUCCUAUAUAUUUGACUAUUACUAGGGUAAACAAAAUCUCUAGGCCAUUUUACCAUUUUAAAGGACACUGUCUUCUAUUUUCAUUAUUAGAAAUUGAAAAAUAUGUAUGGUAUUAGACAUCAAAGACGUAACUGUUAGAAAAUGACCACAGCACAAGUUUCCUUUUUCAAGAGCUGUGGAUAGAUAGCCUGCGUUGCAGCCGGCCCACGCACUCGUCAAAACCAUACAGAAGGUUUAGAACGUCUGCGACUCAGGCAAUGGAUAGAUUGUGGCUUGAAAACCCUUGUCCAAACGACUUCUUCAGAGUACACGAAUACUUCAGGCUAAAUAACACUCAAUUCUUGUGUUGUUUUAGGAUGUCCUGGACUCUAAGAACAGCGCUAUCAAGGACUUACAGUAUGAACUGGCACGCGUCUGCAAGGUAACCUAUGGAUUGCACGUUUUCGUUAGUUGAUUCCAGCUUCUUGUAGUGGCGGAUCUAGGGGAGGAGUCGGCGCCCUCCCUUAUUUUUACACCAAACUGAGGCUCGAAGGGCCGAAAUUUUUUUGUUUUGGAGACCGGGCGUCUCCCUUAUCUCAGGGUCUGGUUUCCAACCCCCCCAGCCCCCACCCAAAUCUGAAUGUCUGUGGUCGGGAUACUUACCAUUAACAUGGGAAAACGGGAAAGUCCGGUUGGAAAAUCAAAUGGUUUGCGCCAUUCCUUUUGGGAAGAUUCAGAAAAUAUGGGCGAUAUGAGGCAAUGUAAUUUUUCAACUCCUUUAAGUCUGUUUAGCUGAUUUGGAUAUAUACUUUGAGGGGGAUCGUUCUCCAACCAAGUCGAAUUUUAUUAUAUAGUUUUAUGUUGAUACACAAUGUUUACACCCGGGUCGUUUGUGUAAAUAGUAAGCACUCAGCUGUGCUAGAGUGACCUGACCCGCAGCCCCUUUAAUUGGUAGAUUUUUUAAUUUGUAUCAUUUUACAAUGAACCCUGAAUAUUUACGUCCGCCUAAACUCUGAGAAAAAUAUUCAUGCACCUUAUGCAAAAUGAGGUCUCCUUCGCUCCCUAUGGUCAGGUGAAAAAAGGGUCUUUUGAUAGAAGCCUUAAACUAACAAAAUUUAUCUUGCUACCGAAAAGCCUCAUUUCCUUUCGCGCGAAGAUGGUGUGGUUCAUGAGACGGCAACAAAGAACAGGAAUAAAACGACCAGAGUUCCCUGUCCCAAUCCCAAAACCUGUUGACACACAUCGCAAAAAAAAACUAUUCUUUCAUGUCAUCCUGGUAAAAACUGAUCGAACCGUGGUUAAACGAAUGCCCAUUUUUCCACACUAUCCUUCUCCAAUGUUGUUUAAGAUAACACCAAAAUUAGACACGCUUUUUUUUACACCAAAACAACUUUGAAUAGGGGUGGGGAGAUGCGUACUUUUUCUGUUUAGAGGAGAUGGUAGUAUGGGGCAAAAGUAAGAAGAUAGAUGGAAUUGUCUCAAUACUUCUGUCCGAGGUUGUAAAAGGUAUUAAAAAAAUCACUGAAAUUUCUUUUCUUUUUUUUGCUUUAGGCACACAACGAUCUUAUCCGUACAUACGAAUCCAAGCUGAAGUCCUUUGGCGUCCCGACAGAGGAACUUGGAUUUAAACCUUUGGAGAGCAACGUCGGCGGGCAGCAACUCGGCCGAGGACCUGCGGGUCUUGUAGCCGCGCCAACAUAACGAGCGACGCAUAUUUUAAUU